AUAUAAAAUUUCAAUUUAAAUGACAUCUUCCGUCAUUCCGAAUCUGCUGGUGCAAGAGUAGCUUUACAUUCCAAAGAUCAAAUAGUUAAUCCUUUCAUAAAUGGUUUUUUAAUAGAACCAGGAAAGAAAUAUAUUAUUCAAUUAAAGGCUAUAGAACACAAUUUAUUGCCAUCUCCCUACAGUACCAAUUGUACAAAAUACGAAGAAAUGGAUAAAAAUUCAUUUAAUGAAACAAUCAACCAAGAUCGCUGUAUAAUUGAGUGUAUAAAAGAAAACUGGAAAAAGACAUGCGAAUGUAUAAGCAAUAGUUAUCCUUUUCGUUUCGAAGGGGAAUUCUGUUCAUCAGUAGAUUGCAUUCAGAAAGUAAAUAACGAUGAAUGUUAUCAGAAAUGUCGCAGAAGUUGUCGUUUUACAGUUUUCGAAUAUGAUAUUAAUGAAUUUUCAAAUGACUUUUACUAUUUUUUAUAUCCGAAAAAUCUAGGAAAAGAAUAUUAUGAUAUUCCUUACAGUAAAUGGUUAACUGAAAUGACUUUUCUGUAUAAGAGAUUGGAACUUCAUACAUAUAGAUAUAAAGCACAAUAUGAGAUGAUUGAAUUGUUUGGUUACGUUGGUGGAUACAUUGGAGUCUGGCUUGGAAUAUCCCUAAUUGCAGUUUUCGACCUUCUAGAAAUAAUAAUUGUCUACAUAUAUAAUAAACUUUACGUAGAUAUUACUGUCAAGACCGAAGAAAAAUCAAAUUCUUCUUCUAAGCAAGUUACUAAAUUUUAAUAAAACGAUUUAACAAUACAUUAUUUUUCCUUUAAAUUUAUGAAAGUAAAAAAUAAAAUUAUAAACAAAUACAGCUUUAAAGAAUAGAAGAUAUACACUGUGAAAACACUAUACACGUUACAAAUAUAAUGUAUAGUACUUAUGUAAAUGGUUAUAAUGUAAUUAAUGGUAGUUUCUAACUGUACAUCUUUUAUAAUUGAAUUAUUAAGAUGUAAAAGGUGUUAACCACUCGAAUCCACUUCUGGAGAGGCAAAAUUUCAGAGUACUUUAACUAACUUUACAUUCCUUCUAAGAGAUUGUAAUUAUUUCACAAGGUAAAGCAACUUAUCGGUGAGAUAACAACUCGAAAAAUGGGUUAUCACCUUUUACAUUUGAACCAUUCAGUUGUAUAAUUAAUAAUUUAUUUAACUCGAAAUAUUGGAAA